UGACCAUGAGGGCUUCCAGCUCCGACCAUGAGGUCCUUCAGCCCAAACCAUUCCCUCCUUCCCCGUUUUUAGCAUCCAAAGGAGGUCCCCGUUGAGUUCUCACCACGCUUUCCCCUUCUCCCUCCUCUCCAGAGCCUUCAAGAGCGGUGGAAGUUGCGCCGUGGGACAAUGGACACCAAACCGACCAUCAACGGCCACGCUGACCCUGUGUCCCACCGGAGCGACGCCCAUGGAUCGACCGCUUCCCACCAGGAGAAGGUCCCUUCCAAGCCGAACGGCGCCGCCGUCCGGGAUGCGGUGGUGGUGGUGGAGGCUUCUCAGGAGCCUUUGAAGGCAACGGACGCCAUCGCCGGCGUUUACGUUGAGUCUUCCAAGAGGAUAAUGAGCUUCUACGAUGCCACCAGAGAGCAUCUUCUGAGCUUGGACUCAGCGCUUGGUCUCCUGGAGGCUCAGGCGGCGACGGGCGCCAUGGUGGACCCGGUGGCCAGGAGGAAAGUGUCGGUGGCGGAAGCCCUUCAGGUGGGUUUGGUGGGGUUGGAGCUGAAGGAGAAGCUGCUCAGCGCAGAGAAAGCCGCGAAGGGCUUCGUGGACCCUUACUCAGAGGAGAACAUCUGCCUCUACCAAGCCAUGAAGAAAGAGUUGAUCGCUUGGGACCAAGGGACGCGGUUGAUGGAGGUCCAGAUGGCAACCGGAGGCGUCAUCGAGCCGGGCAGCGGCCGGCGGCUCCCGCCGGAGGUGGCGUGCCGGAAGGGAUGUUUGGAUGAAGAGCUGAAGGAGGUCCUCUGCGAAGCCAACGAGGAGGUGGGCGCCAGGUUCCUCCACCCCAGCACUAUGGAGAAGAUGACUUACCUGGAGCUGAUGAGGAGCUGCGUGGUCGAGCCGAGCUCGGGCUUCCUCCUCCUCCCCCUGCAGGUCACCUUCGCCGGGUUGGGAGGACGGGUGAGCGCCAGGGACCUCCUGGAGUCGGGAAUCAUCAGCCCGGACCUCUUCCGAGAUCUUGAAGAAGGAAAGGUUUCCACCCAAGAAGUAGCGGAGAACGAUUCCAUCCAACGGUUCCUCCGGGGGACGCCGAGCGUUGCCGGUGUGGUUCUCCCUUCCGGGGAGAGGAAGAGCCUCUACCAAGCGUUGAGGGAACAUCUCCUGGUGCCCGGCGCCGCCGUGAUGCUCCUGCAGGUCCAGGCCUCCACCGGCAGCCUGGUGGACCCCAUCAAGAACCAAACCUACUCGGUGGACGAAGCCGUCGGCGUCGGUUUGGUGGGACCGGAACUCUACCAGAAACUGUCCUCAGCCGAGAGGACCUUCGCUGGCUACAAGGACCCCUUCAGCGGAGAAAGGCUCUCGCUCUUCCAAGCCCUCCAGAAGGGCUUCAUCCCCAAAGACCACGGCUUUGGCCUCCUGGAGGCCCAAAUGGCCACGGGGGGAAUCAUCGCUCCCGGUCGGCACCUCCGCGUCCCCACGGAGACCGCGUGCCGGUGGGGGUACCUGGAUGAAGCCACCAAACGGCUCCUCUCCGACCCUCCCGAUGACAUCAAGAGGUUCUUCGACCCCAGCUCCAAGGAGAAGGUGACCUACGCCGAUCUACUCAAGCGUUGCGUCACCGACGCCACCACGGGGCUCCUCCUGCUGCCUCUCGGCGGCGGCGGCGAUGGCGGCGCUCGGGGAUCCCAGGAAACCCAACUCUUCUUCGACCGCAAGACCCAAAGGGUUCUGGAGGACACCCGGAUCCACGUGGCUUUGGGGAAAUUCCAAGGGCAAUCGGUGUCCCUCUGGAAAGCGCUGUUCUCGGCGCAGGUCCCGAGCGAGCGCCGAGCGGCCCUCGCUCAGCGGUACCUCACGGGGACGCUCUCCACCCAAGAGUUGGGCCGAGCGGUCGGUGCCACCGUGGAGGAGAUGACCUCCACGGCCACCUUCGAGGGCCUGAGGGACCGGGUGAGCGCCCAACAGCUCCUCCGCUCCCAAAUCAUCACCGAGGAUUUGUUCCAGAAGCUGAAAGGCGGCGAAACGUCGGCCAAAGAAGUGGUCAACAUGGACACCGUCAAGAAAUACCUCCAAGGGACGGGGAGCAUCGGUGGCCUUCUCCUUCCGGACUCCCAGGAGAAGAUCAGCAUCUACCAAGGUAGGAGGAAAGGCCUCCUAAGGCCGGGAACGGCGCUCAUCCUCUUGGAAGCCCAAGCGGCCACCGGCUUCGUCAUCGACCCGGUGGCCAACAGAGGGUAUUCGGUGGAGGACGCCUUGCGAGCCAACGUCAUCGGCCCCGAUGUCUACGACAAACUCCUCGCUGCCGAGAAAUCGGUCACCGGGUACCGCGAUCCUUACACCGGCGAGAAGAUCUCCCUCUUCCAAGCCAUGAAGAAGGAGCUCAUCGUCCAGGAGCACGGCGUCCGCCUCCUGGAGGCCCAGGUGGCCACCGGCGGCGUCAUCGACCCCGUCCACAGCCACCGCAUCCCCGUCGAGGUGGCCUACGAGCGCGGUUACUUCGACAAGAAGAUGAACGCCAUCCUCUCCGACCCCAGCGACGACACCAAGGGCUUCUUCGACCCCAACACCCAGGAGAACCUCACCUACCUGCAGCUCCUGGAGAGGUGCGUCACCGAGGCGUCCACGGGGCUCUGCCUCCUCCCUCUCAACAGCGGGAAGCGCCGAUUCAUCGACGACGCCACCAGAAGGGUCUUCAGGAGCUCUUGGUUGACCGUCAGGUUCGGGCGGUUGAGGGGGGAGAAGGUCUCCGUGUGGGACCUCUUGAAUUCCGAGUACUUCAGCGAAGGGCGACGCCGGGAGAUAUUCAACCACUACCGACUGCGGAAGCUGAGCUUGGAGCAAAUCCGACGCCUCUUGGAGGAGGAAACGAAGAAAUGGGUUCCCAUCAAGUUCCCGGCGCUGAGAGGCAGCGUCAGCGCGUACCACCUGAUGGAAACGGGCGUCAUCGACAACGCCCUCUUCCAGAAGCUCUUGGAGGGAUCUGUGACUCCAGAAGAAGUCCUACGUAUGGAAUCUGUCCGGAAGUACCUCUACGGCUCGGGAAGCAUCGGAGGAGUUGUUCUCCGGCCGUCGAACCGGAGGCUCAGCAUCUACGAAGCCAUGAAGAAGAACCUGAUGGUGCCGGGAGUGGCCCUCCCGUUGCUGGAGGCUCAGGCCGCCACCGGCUUCAUCAUCGACCCGGUGAGCAACCAGAAGCUCCGCGUGGACGAGGCCAUCAAGGAAGGCGUCAUCGGGCCGGAGGUCCACCAGGAGCUGCAGCACGCCGAGGGCGCCGUGACGGGCUACAAAGACCCCUUCACGGGCAAGAAGAUCCCCCUCUUCCAAGCCAUGAAGAAGGGUCUGGUGGCCACCAAGCAAGCCAUGCAGCUGAUGGAGGUUCAGAUGGCCACGGGAGGCAUCGUUGACCCAACGUGCGGCCACCACGUCCCCCUGGAGGCCGCCCGGAAGCGCGGUUGCGUGGAUGAGGACACCAGCAAAGCCCUUUUAGAACCUGGAGGCCACCAUGGAACCUUCUGCCACCCCGAGAGCAAAGAGACCGUCAGCUACGCCGAACUGAUCAAGCGGUGCCAGAAGGACGAGGAUGCCGGUUUCCAUCUGCUCCCUCUGCCCCAGGCGGCCGCUCCCACCUACAGCCACCGAGAGGUCCAGGAGAUCUUCAAGGAGACAGCGGUGAAGGAGAAAGGCCUUUCCCUCUGGGAGCUCCUCCACUCCGGGUACUUCACCGAGGAGCAGAGGAAGGAAUUGCUGGAGAGGUUCCGCUCCGAGGAGAUCUCUCUGGAGGGAUUGGUGGCCCUGGUGCUCAGCUCGGUGGAGGAGAUGGAGGUGAAAGCCCGUACCCACCUCACCUUGGAAGGCUUGAGGGGAGGCGUCCCGGCCGUUUGGCUGCUGGACGUCGGCAUCAUCUCGGAGAAGACCUUCCAGGAGUUGGCUCAGGGUGUAAGGAGCCCCGAGGAAGUGGAGGCGAUGGAGAACGUCAAGAGGUACUUGCGGGGUACGGGCAACAUCGCUGGGGUGCUCCUAGAGGAGUCCAAAGAGAAGAUGAGCUUUUACGAUGCCAUGAAGAAGAAUCUCCUCCUGCCCGGGGUGGCCCUGAAGCUCCUGGAAGCUCAAGCGGCCACCGGGUACCUCUCCGAUGCGGUGACCAAGCGGAGACUCAGCGUGAGGGACGCCGUGAAAGCCGGCGUGGUCGGUGAGGAGCUGACCGAGAAGCUCCUUCUUGCCGAGAGGGCGGUGACCGGCUACGCCGAUCCCUACACCGGGAGCUCCAUCUCACUGGGCCAAGCCCUGGAGAAGGAGUUGGUCCCUCUGGAAGACGCCGUUCCUUUGUUGGAGGCCCAGUUGGCCACCGGAGGGAUCAUCGAUCCCAUUCACCACCACCACCUUCCGCUCCAGGCGGCGCGUAGGUACGGUUUCUACCCCGAGGAGCUCAACCAAACCCUCUCUCAACCCAACGACGGCGUUAAAGCCUUCUUUGAUCCCAACACCAAGGAGAACGUCACCUACCGGGAGCUGAAGGACAGGUGUAUCCGUGAGGCCGAGUCGGGGCUGUGGCUCCUUCCCCUCUCGGAAAACGCCGCCUUCGGCGUAGACGAAGACACCGCCGCCGCGCUGAGGGCGACGACGGUUUGCGUCGACGUAGGGCGCUUCGAAGGGCAGGCGGUGUCCCUGUGGGACCUCCUGGACUCCGAGUACCUCUCGGAGGGCAAACGGAAGGAACUGGUGCGGAAGUACAAAGAGGAGAACGCCGCCGCUCUCCAGGAGAUCGUCGCCGCCGUCACCGCCGCCGUCACCGAGACCGAGAGCCGAGGCAAGAAGUUCACCUUCCAAGGGCUGCGGAAAAGGGUAUCCGCCAGCGACCUCUUCCGAUCCCAACUGAUAGACAAAAAGACCCUGGAUGAGCUCAACCAAGGCAAGAAAACGGUCAAAGAGGUCACGGAGAUGGAUUCGGUGCGCAGGUACCUGGAAGGCACCAACUUCAUAGCGGGGGUCCUCAUCCAACCAAGCAAGGAGAAGAUGAGCGUCUACCAGGCCAUGCGGAAGGGCAUCCUGAGGCCGGGGACGGCGCUGGUGCUCCUGGAGGCGCAGGCGGCCACCGGCUCCGUCAUCGACCCCCAGCGGAACAAGAAGUUCUCGGUGGAGGAGGCGUUAAGCGAAGGUCUGAUCGGUGCGGAGGUCUUCGAGAAGCUGCUCUGCGCCGAAAGAGCCGUCACCGGUUACACCGACCCCUACACCAAAGCCCCCAUCUCCCUCUUCCAAGCCAUGAAGCAAGGGUUGAUCGUCAAGAGCCACGGCGUCCGCCUCCUGGAGGCCCAGAUCGCCACCGGCGGCGUCAUCGACCCCGUCCACAGCCACCGUAUCCCGGUGGAGGUGGCCUACGAGCGCGGUUACUUCGAUGAGGAGAUGAACCGCAUCCUCUCGGACCCCGGCGAUGACACCAAGGGCUUCUUCGACCCCAACACCCAUGAGAACCUCACCUACCUGCAGCUCCUGGAGAGGUGCGUCCAAGACGCGGAGAGCGGGUUGUACAUGCUCCAGGUGGUCCAGGAAGGAGGAAAGUACUUCUACGUGGAUGAGAAGACCAAAGAGGUUCUACGCUCGAAGGUCCUCGAAGUGAAAUUCGGGAAGUUCAAAGGGCAAAAGGUUUCCAUUUGGGACCUCCUCUGUUGCGGUUACAUCUCGGAGCGGAAGAAGAAGUCCCUGGUGAUGCAGUUCCAAUGCCAAACGCUCACGCUGGAAGGGUUGGUGGCCCUCGUCCUCCAAAUGAUGGAGGAGAGGGAGAGGAGAGCGGAAGCUCUGAAGGUCCCAGGGCUGCGUGGGGACGUCUCGGUGGCCGAACUCUUCCACUCUGAGCUCAUCGAUGGGAGAACUCUGGAGGAGCUGCUGGAGGGGAACCUCACCUUGGCCAACCUCACCGCCAGGGACACCAUCCGAAGGUACUUGGAUGGCACCGGGUCCAUCGCCGGCGUUCUCCUCCCGUCGAGGAAAGAGAAGAUGAGCGUCUACCAGGCCUUGAAGAAGGGUCUCCUGACGGAGCAGUGUGCGUUGGGGCUCCUGGAGGCCCAGGCGGCCACCGGCUUCCUCAUCGACCCCGUGGCCAACCAGAAACUCCCCGUGGAUGAGGCCGUGGCCUCCGGGCUGGUGGGGAAAGACCUCCACGAGAAGCUCCUCUUGGCCGAGAAAGCCGUGACGGGAUACGCGGAUCCUCACGGAGGACACAGCGUCUCCCUCUUCCAGGCCAUAAAGCAGAAGAUGAUGGCCAAGGAGGACGGCCUCCGCCUGCUGGAGGCUCAGAUGGCCACCGGCGGCAUCGUGGACCCCAUCCACGGCCACCGCCUCCCCGUGGACGUGGCCUACAGGCGCAGCUGCUUGGAUGAGGACACUUUCCUCUUACUUUCCGAUCCGGAUCAUGGAAGUAAAGGCUUUGUAGACCCAACCACUCGUGAGAAGCUCAGUUACCAUCAGCUCCUGCAGAGAUGCUCCAAAGAUGGAGACAAUGGGUGGUACCUCCUGAAGGUCACCGAGAAGGAUGAGGACUACUUCUACGUCGACGAGAGGACGAAGAAGGCCUUCUUGGCUACAAAGGUCCAAGUGGCGGCUGGAAAAUACCGAGGCCUUGAGUUGUCCCUGUGGGAACUGCUCUGCUCGGAGGACGUCACGGAGGAGAAGAGGGAGGAGGCGGUGAAGAAGUACAAAGGCGACUCCCACCGCGUCCUCCGAGGAAUCGUCGACGCCGUCCUCGCCAUCAUCAGAGGGAGAGAAGAGGCGAGGAGCCACGUCUGGUUCCGAGGUCUGAGGCAACGGAUAACGGCCUCGGAGCUCCUCAGCGCUCAGAUCAUCACCGAAGAGACGAUGGAGAAGCUCCACGAAGGCAAAGAGGCGGCGCAAGACGUCGCCCAACUGGAGAGCGUCAGAAGAUACCUGGAGGGCACCGGUUGCAUCGCCGGCGUCCUGGUGGCCUCCAAGGCCGAGCCGGGCAAGAUGGAGAAGAUGAGCAUCUACCAGGCCAUGGGGAAGGGCAUCCUGAGGCCGGGGACGGCGUUGGUGCUCCUGGAGGCGCAGGCGGCCACCGGCUUCCUCGUUGACCCCAUGGCCAACCAGAAGCUGUCGGUGGACGAAGCGGUGGCCUCCGGGCUGGUGGGACCGGAGCUGCACCAGAAGCUUCUGAGCGCCGAGAGGGCCGUCACCGGCUACCGGGACCCCUCCACGGGCCAAAAGAUCUCCCUCUUCCAAGCCAUGAAGAAGGAACUCAUCGUCCAGGAGCACGGCGUCCGCCUCCUGGAGGCCCAGGUGGCCACCGGCGGCGUCAUCGACCCCGUCCACAGCCACCGCCUCCCGGUGGAGGUGGCCUACGAGCGCGGUUACUUCGAUGAGGAGAUGAACCGCAUCCUCUCGGACCCCGGAGAUGACACCAAGGGCUUCUUUGACCCCAACACCCAGGAGAACCUCACCUACCUGCAGCUCCUGCGCCGCUGCGUCCUCGACCCGGAGACGGGGCUGAUGAUGCUCCACGUGAUGGACAAGAGCUCGGAGCUCUUCCGGCUCAACGACGCCGCCCGCAAAGCCCUCCGGGACGCCCACACCACCCUGGGUGGGGGCCUCUUCCAGGGACACAGCGUCUCCCUCUGGGAGGUCCUCUUCUCCCGUUACGUCCCUGAGCUCCAGCGUGAGGACCUCCUGCGUCGCUACAAGGUGGGAACGCUCACCAUCUCCCAGAUGGGCGCGAUCCUCACCACCAUCGUCGCCGAGGCUGAAGGACAGGAGGUCCCAGCACCGGCCAAGAAGGAGGUCCCAUCACCGGCCAAGAAGGAGGUCCCAUCACCAGCCAAGAAGGAGGUCCCACCACCAGCCAAGAAGGAGGUCCCACCACCAACCAAGAAGGAGGUCCCAUCACCAGCCAAGAAGGAGGUCCCAUCACCAGCCAAGAAGGAGGUCCCACCACCAGCCGAGAAGGAGGUCCCACCACCAGCCAAGAAGGAGGUCCCACCACCAGCCGAGAAGGAGGUCCCACCACCAGCCAAGAAGGAGGUCCCACCACCAGCCGAGAAGGAGGUCCCACCACCGGCCGAGAAGGAGGUCCCAUCACCGGCCAAGAAGGAGGUCCCACCACCGGCCAAGAAGGAGGUCCCACCACCAGCCAAGAAGGAGGUCCCACCACCAACCGAGAAGGAGGUCCCACCACCAGCCAAGAAGGAGGUCCCACCACCAGCCAAGAAGGAGGUCCCACCACCAGCCAAGAAGGAGGUCCCACCACCAGCCAAGAACGGCGAAUCUGCUCAAUCCCACCAAGACCACGACCUGGACCUGGAGCUGGAGAGGUCCCUCAAGUCCCACACCAUGAAGGUCCCACCAGGCAGUGGUUUCCAGAGCACAAAGGUCUCCCUCUGGGAGGUCCUCUUCUCCCGUUACGUCCCCGAGCUCCAGCGUGAGGACCUCCUGCGCCGCUACAAGGAGGGAACGCUCACCAUCUCCCAGAUGGGCGCAAUCCUCACCACCAUCGUCGCCGAGGCUGAAGGACAGGAGGUCCCAUCACCGGCCAAGAAGGAGGUCCCAUCACCAGCCAAGAAGGAGGUCCCAUCACCAGCCAAGAAGGAGGUCCCACCACCGGCCAAGAAGGAGGUCCCACCACCGGCCAAGAAGGAGGUCCCACCACCAGCCAAGGAGGAGGUCCCACCACCAGCCAAGAAGGAGGUCCCACCACCAGCCAAGAAGGAGGUCCCACCACCAGCCAAGAAGGGCGAAUCUGCUCCAUCCCACCAAGACCACGACCUGGACCUGGAGCUGGAGAGGUCCCUCAAGUCCCACACCAUGGAGGUCCCACCAGGCAGUGGUUUCCAGAGCACAAAGGUCUCCCUCUGGGAGGUCCUCUUCUCCCGUUACGUCCCUGAGCUCCAGCGUGAGGACCUCCUGCGCCGCUACAAGGUGGGAACGCUCACCAUCUCCCAGAUGGGCGCAAUCCUCACCACCAUCGUCGCCGAGGCUGAUGGGGUGGUCCUGCAGCUUCCCAGGAAACCCGGCAUGGAGACAUCACCUCAGGCACCUGCAGCCUCGUGGCUCACCUGCCGGAAGGUGUGGGUGUCCUCGGCUGAAGAAGCCAUGAACCACAUCAGAGAGCAGGUCCAGGAGAACCCUUCGCGUGAAGACCUGGAGCUGCUGGAACCAACGGGCUCAGGUGUCACCGUGGAUGGUGACACCCUCGCGUCCAACGGGGAUCCUGCACGGAGAGCCAAUAUUGACCUGAGGAAACCACGGCAUCAUGGGAUGAGGAGAAGGAGGAGAAGAAGGAGGAGGAGGAGAAGACCAGAGCCUGCAGAAGAUCCAGCCAUCCUGGAGACGUGGCCAGCAGGCGAUCGCGGUGCCACCCGGGUGGGUUCCUCACAGCCGAUGCAGAAGAUGAGUAGAACCCCUCAGACCGAGAAGCCAAACGCCACCCGAACCACCCCGACCGCUGGUGGACACCAAGCGAUGGGCGGCGGUGGGAGUAACUCCAUAGCCGGCGUCUUCCUCCGGGCCACGAAGAAGACGAUGAGCAUCUACGAGGCCAUGGUGAAGGGUCUCCUGACCCCCGGCACGGCGCUGGUGCUCCUGGAAGCUCAAGCGGCUUCCGGGUUCCUCGUUGACCCCGUGAGGAACCGACGGCUCUCGGUGAAGGAGGCGUUGAGCGAAGGUCUCAUCGGCAGAGAGUUUUACGAGAAGCUGUUGUCGGCCGAAGGAGCGGUGAUGGGAUACUCCGACCCCUCCACGGGGGAGAAGAUCUCCCUCUUCCAAGCCAUGAAGAAGGACCUCAUCGUCCAGGACCACGGCGUCCGCCUCCUGGAGGCCCAGGUGGCCACCGGUGGCAUCAUUGACCCCGUCCACCACCACCGUAUCCCGGUGGAGGUGGCCUCGGAGCGUGGUUACCUCGAUGAGGAGAUGUCCCGGUUUCUCUUGAACCCCAAGAACCGAUCCCGAAGUUGCUUUGACCCCAACACCCAGGAGAACGUCACCUACGUGGAGCUCCUGCGCCGUUGCGUCCUCGACCCGGAGACGGGGCUGAAGGUGCUCCACGUGAUGGACAAGAGCUCAGAGCUCUUCCAGUUGAAGAAGGGCGACCGCAAAGCCCUCCGGGACGUUGGGGUCUUCCAAGGACACAGCGUCUCCCUCUGGGAGGUCCUCUUCUCCCGCUACGUCCUCGACCACCAGAGAGAGGAACUGCUGAGGAGGUAUAAGGUGGGGACCAUCACCAUCCCGGAGAUGAUCACCAUCCUCACCACUGUCAUCACCGGCGCUGAGGUGGAAAACGGGCGCCCGAGGUCAUCUACAGCUACAGCCCAUGGGGAGGUGGAGGCAUCACAAGCGCUUCAAGAUGUGGACUCUCAGGAGCUCUCGGCCACGGUUGCAGCCAUCAAUGAGGUGGAAACAUCACAACUGCUUCAAGGUAUGGACUCCCAGGAGCUCAACGAGGUGGAAACAUCACAACUACUCCAUAGUAUGGACUCCCAGGAGCUCAACGUGGUGGAAACAUCACAACUACUCCAUGAUAUGGACUCCCAGGAGCUCAACGAGGUGGAAACAUCACAACUACUCCAUGAUAUGGACUCCCAGGAGCUCAACGAGGUGGAAACAUCACAACUACUCCAUGGUAUGGACUCCCAGGAGCUCAACGAGGUGGAAACAUCACAACUACUCCAUGAUAGGGACUCCCAGGAGCUCAACGAGGUGGAAACAUCACAACUACUCCAUGAUAUGGACUCCCAGGAGCUCUCGGCCACAGUUAUAGCCAAUAAUGAGGUGGAAACAUCACAACUGCUUCAAGAUAUGGACUCCCAGGAGCUCAACGAGGUGGAAACAUCACAACUACUCCAUGAUAUGGACUCCCAGGAGCUCAACGAGGUGGAACCAUCACAACUACUCCAUGAUAUGGACUCCCAGGAGCUCUCGGCCACAGUUACACCCAAGAACGAGGUGGAAACAUCACAACUACUCCAUGAUAGGGACUCCCAGGAGCUCAACGAGGUGGGAACAUCACAAUCGCUUCAAGAUAUGGACUCCCAGGAGCUCAACGAGGUGGAACCAUCACAACUACUCCAUGGUAUGGACUCUCAGGAGCUCAACGAGGUGGAAACAUCACAACUACUCCAUGAUAUGGACUCCCAGGAGCUCUCGGCCACAGUUACACCCAAGAACGAGGUGGAAACAUCACAACUACUCCAUGAUAUGGACUCCCAGGAGCUCAACGAGGUGGAACCAUCACAACUACUCCAUGGUAUGGACUCUCAGGAGCUCAACGAGGUGGAAACAUCACAACUACUCCAUGAUAUGGACUCCCAGGAGCUCUCGGCCUCAGUUACACCCAAGAACGAGGUGGAAACAUCACAAGGGGCUCAGGACACGCACUCCGAGGAGCAACAGUUGAAGAAGUCCUUAAAGUCCGCGAGCGUCUGCGUGGCUGCCGGUGAACUCCGGGGCCGAACCAUUCCGCUGUUGGAUGCGCUCUUCUCCAACCACGUCCCUCCGGAGAAGCGCCAGGGGCUGCUGGAGCUGUACCGAGCAGGGAUCCUGACCACAGCGCUGGUGGCCACCGUGGUCACCACCAUCAUAAACAGAAGAGGAGGUGUCAACGCCAGAAGUCCACACAGAGCGGAGGAGAAGGGAGAGGAGUUUUUAGCCCAAGACGCACAUCCAGAUGACAUCUUGAGGUCCACCAGCGUCGCUUUGCCGGGCGGAGAGGUCCAUGGGAGGAAGAUCUCCGUGUGGGACCUCCUCUUCUCUGAGUACAUCCCUGAGGAGAAAGGGCAGGAGCUCCUGGAGCUCUACCAUGAAAGGUUGUUGACUGCAGAGCAGGUGGCAACUGUGGUCACCAACGUUGUCAAGAAGAAAGAAGCCAUGGGCAGGAGAUACCUCAUGGCAGCGAAGAAGGACACGGUGCCGGUGGAAGGAGAAGACACCAACUCCCACGGAGAGGAACCCUGGGAGACCACCUCGAAAGCCACAGCGGUCAACGUGGAGGUUGGGGAGCUUUGGGGCCACGAGGUCUCGGUGUGGGACCUCCUCCACUCCAAGGACCUCCCCAAGGAGAAGAGGAAGGAGCUCCUGGAGCUCCACCAGGGGGGAGAGUUGACUUUGGAGCAGGUGAACACCAUCGCCACCGAGGUGGAAGCGGCGAGGGCAGAAGAACCGGGAAGGGCGAAGAGUCCACGUGUGGAGAGGAGAGGAACGGAAGCCGAGAAGAACCACCUGCAGGAGGACAGGAGGUGGGAGGACGCCCUGAAGGCCACCAUGGUUGGGACAGCAAUGGAUGAGGUCCAUGGGAGGCAGAACUCUGUGUGGGACCUCCUCUUCUCCGAGUCCAUCCCUGAGGAGAAGAGGAAGGAGCUCCUGGAGCUCUACCACGCAGGGACGUUGCCCCUGGAGAGGUUGAUGGUUGUCCUCACCGCUCUGGUCAAGAAGAAAGAAGCCAUGGGCAGGAGAUUCCACAUCGCGGUCAAAGCUUCCGACAAGGACACGGUGCCGGUGGCAGGAGAAGACACCAACUGCCAUGGAGAAGAACCCUGGGAGACCACCUCGAAAGCCACAGCGGUCAACGUGGAGGUUGGGGAGCUUUGGGGCCACGAGGUCUCGGUGUGGGACCUCCUCCACUCCAAGGACCUCCCCAAGGAGAAGAGGAAGGAGCUGCUGGAGCUCCACCAGGUGGGAGAGUUGACUUUGGAGCAGGUGAACACCAUCGCCACCGAGGUGGAAGCGGCGAGGGCAGAAGAACCGGGAAGGGCGAAGAGUCCACGUGUGGAGAGGAGAGGAACGGAAGCCGAGAAGAACCACCUGCAGGAGGACAGGAGGUGGGAGGACACCCUGAAGGCCACCAGGGUUGGGACAGCAAUGGAUGAGUUCCAUGGGAGGCAGAAGUCCGUGUGGGACCUCCUCUUCUCCGAGUCCAUCCCUGAGGAGAAGAGGAAGGAGCUCCUGGAGCUCUACCACGCAGGGACGUUGCCCCUGGAGAGGUUGAUGGUUGUCCUCACCGCUCUGGUCAAGAAGAAAGAAGCCAUGGGCAGGAGAUUCCACAUCGCGGUCAAAGCUUCUAAGAAGGACACGGUGCCGGUGGCAGGAGAAGACACCAACUGCCACGGAGAGGAACCCUGGGAGACCACCUCGAAAGCCACAGCGGUCAACGUGGAGGUUGGGGAGCUGCGGGGCCACGAGGUCUCGGUGUGGGACCUCCUCCACUCCAAGGACCUCCCCAAGGAGAAGAGGAAGGAGCUCCUGGAGCUCCACCAGGGGGGAGAGUUGACUUUGGAGCAGGUGAACACCAUCGCCACCAUGGUGGAAGCGGCGAGGGCAGAAGAACCGGGAAGGGUGAAGAGUCCAUGUGUGGAGAGGAGAGGAACGGAAGCUGAGAAGAACCACCUGCAGGAGGACAGGAGGUGGGAGGACACCCUGAAGGCCACCAUGGUUGGGACAGCAAUGGAUGAGGUCCAUGGGAGGCAGAAGUCCGUGUGGGACCUCCUCUUCUCCGAGUCCAUCCCUGAGGAGAAGAGGAAGGAGCUCCUGGAGCUCUACCGCGCAGGGACGUUGCCCCUGGAGAGGUUGAUGGUUGUCCUCACCGCUCUGGUCAAGAAGAAAGAAGCCACGGGCAGGAGAUUCCACAUCGCGGUCAAAGCUUCCGACAAGGACACGGUGCCGGUGGCAGGAGAAGACACCAACUCCCACGGAGAGGAACCCUGGGAGACCACCUUGAAAGCCACAGCGGUCAACGUGGAGGUUGGGGAGCUUUGGGGCCACGAGGUCUCGGUGUGGGACCUCCUCCACUCCAAGGACCUCCCCGAGGAGAAGAGGAAGGAGCUCCUGGAGCUCCACCAGGGGGGAGAGUUGACUUUGGAGCAGGUGAACACCAUCGCCACCAUGGUGGAAGCGGCGAGGGCAGAAGAACCGGGAAGGGCGAAGAGUCCACGUGUGGAGAGGAGAGGAACGGAAGCCGAGAAGAACCACCUGCAGGAGGACAGGAGGUGGGAGGACACCCUGAAGGCCACCAUGGUUGGGACAGCAAUGGAUGAGGUCCAUGGGAGGCAGAACUCUGUGUGGGACCUCCUCUUCUCCGAGUCCAUCCCUGAGGAGAAGAGGAAGGAGCUCCUGGAGCUCUACCACACAGGGACGUUGCCCCUGGAGAGGUUGAUGGUUGUCCUCACCGCUCUGGUCAAGAAGAAAGAAGCCACGGGCAGGAGAUUCCACAUCGCGGUCAAAGCUUCCGACAAGGACACGGUGCCGGUGGCAGGAGAAGACACCAACUCCCACGGAGAAGAACCCUGGGAGACCACCUCGAAAGCCACAGCGGUCAACGUGGAGGUUGGGGAGCUUUGGGGCCACGAGGUCUCGGUGUGGGACCUCCUCCACUCCAAGGACCUCCCCAAGGAGAAGAGGAAGGAGCUGCUGGAGCUCCACCAGGUGGGAGAGUUGACUUUGGAGCAGGUGAACACCAUCGCCACCAUGGUGGAAGCGGCGAGGGCAGAAGAACCGGGAAGGGCGAAGAGUCCACGUGUGGAGAGGAGAGGAACGGAAGCCGAGAAGAACCACCUGCAGGAGGACAGGAGGUGGGAGGACGCCCUGAAGGCCACCAUGGUUGGGACAGCAAUGGAUGAGGUCCAUGGGAGGCAGAAGUCCAUGUGGGACCUCCUCUUCUCCGAGUCCAUCCCUGAGGAGAAGAGGAAGGAGCUCCUGGAGCUCUACCGCGCAGGGACGUUGCCCCUGGAGAGGUUGAUGGUUGUCCUCACCGCUCUGGUCAAGAAGAAAGAAGCCAUGGGCAGGAGAUACCUCAUGGCAGUGAAGAAGGACACGGUGCCGGUGGCAGGAGAAGACACCAACUCCCACGGAGAGGAACCCUGGGAGACCUCCUUGAAAGCCACAGCGGUCAACGUGGAGGUUGGGGAGCUGCGGGGCCACGAGGUCUCAGUGUGGGACCUCCUCCACUCCAAGGACCUCCCCAAGGAGAAGAGGAAGGAGCUGCUGGAGCUCCACCAGGGGGGAGAGUUGACUUUGGAGCAGGUGAACACCAUCGCCACCAUGGUGGAAGCGGCGAGGGCAGAAGAACCGGGAAGGGUGAAGAGUCCACGUGUGGAGAGGAGAGGAACGGAAGCCGAGAAGAACCACCUGCAGGAGGACAGGAGGUGGGAGGACACCCUGAAGGCCACCAUGGUUGGGACAGCAAUGGAUGAGGUCCAUGGGAGGCAGAACUCUGUGUGGGACCUCCUCUUCUCCGAGUCCAUCCCUGAGGAGAAGAGGAAGGAGCUCCUGGAGCUCUACCGCGCAGGGACGUUGCCCCUGGAGAGGUUGAUGGUUGUCCUCACCGCUCUGGUCAAGAAGAAAGAAGCCACGGGCAGGAGAUUCCUCAUCACGGUCAAAGCUUCCGACAAGGACACGGUGCCGGUGGCAGGAGAAGACACCAACUGCCACGGAGAGGAACCCUGGGAGACCACCUCGAAAGCCACAGCGGUCAACGUGGAGGUUGGGGAGCUUUGGGGCCACGAGGUCUCGGUGUGGGACCUCCUCCACUCCAAGGACCUCCCCAAGGAGAAGAGGAAGGAGCUCCUGGAGCUCCACCAGGCGGGAGAGUUGACUUUGGAGCAGGUGAACACCAUCGCCACCGAGGUGGAAGCGGCGAGGGCAGAAGAACCGGGAAGGGCGAAGAGUCCACGUGUGGAGAGGAGAGGAACGGAAGCUGAGAAGAACCACCUGCAGGAGGACAGGAGGUGGGAGGACGCCCUGAAGGCCACCAUGGUUGGGACAGCAAUGGAUGAGGUCCAUGGGAGGCAGAAGUCCGUGUGGGACCUCCUCUUCUCCGAGUCCAUCCCUGAGGAGAAGAGGAAGGAGCUCCUGGAGCUCUACCACGCAGGGACGUUGCCCCUGGAGAGGUUGAUGGUUGUCCUCACUGCUCUGGUCAAGAAGAAAGAAGCCAUGGGCAGGAGAUUCCACAUCGCGGUCAAAGCUUCCGACAAGGACACGGUGCCGGUGGCAGGAGAAGACACCAACUCCCACGGAGAGGAACCCUGGGAGACCACCUCGAAAGCCACAGCGGUCAACGUGGAGGUUGGGGAGCUUUGGGGCCACGAGGUCUCGGUGUGGGACCUCCUCCACUCCAAGGACCUCCCCAAGGAGAAGAGGAAGGAGCUGCUGGAGCUCCACCAGGUGGGAGAGUUGACUUUGGAGCAGGUGAACACCAUCGCCACCGAGGUGGAAGCGGCGAGGGCAGAAGAACCGGGAAGGGCGAAGAGUCCACGAGUGGAGAGGAGAGGAACGGAAGCCGAGAAGAACCACCUGCAGGAGGACAGGAGGUGGGAGGACACCCUGAAGGCCACCAGGGUUGGGACAGCAAUGGAUGAGGUCCAUGGGAGGCAGAAGUCCGUGUGGGACCUCCUCUUCUCCGAGUCCAUCCCUGAGGAGAAGAGGAAGGAGCUCCUGGAGCUCUACCACGCAGGGACUCUCCCCGUUGAGGAACUGAUCACCACCAGCACCAUCUCAAGAGCCAACCAAGGAAGACAUCUCACCACCCUUCCUCAGACGAUGGUGGAUCUUCUGCGGUUCGAUGGCUCCUCCAUCACUUUGGGUGAGUUCCAAGAGCAGAAGGUGUCGGUGUGGGACCUCCUGUCCACCAAAGAGGUCUCGGAGUACAAACGAGAGGCGCAUCUCGACUCGUACGGCGCCGGAAGGGUGACCGUCAACACCAUCACCAUCACCACCACCGUCACCACGAGGCCGAGGAGAAAGAAGAGGCACCACCGGGAGGAGUAACGAUGUCCCACCAUGGAGAAGCUCUGCCUCUCGGGGACAUCGUUCUCCGGUUCAGAGCAGGGAAGGAACGGAGAAGAUCCAAAGGGUGGAAGAGGGGCGGUCGUUGGGUUAAAGGUCUUCUGUUGACUCAACUCGUGGUUUGCUGAGGUUUCUUUCACCCAACGGAGGUCUCCUGGGG